UCAACUCAUACGAUAAAAGACUAAUAAUAACAAAUAUUUAUAACAAUUGAAUUUAAGUAAGUCUAGAAUCUAGAUUAGUGUCAUUAUUAGUAUUUUAUUUUAUUUCUUGAUCAAAAACUAUUAAAAGAAGUCUUAACAUUGCUGAAUUCCAAAAUAUUUGUCUCUUUAAAAUUGAUUCAAGAAAAAGUGAAACAAAAAUGAUUGAAUGUUUACAGAAUACAGCUCAAGAAUUAGGUCAUUAGUAAUGAAAUUAAGGAUGCCCAGUAGCAUAUCAGCAGGAAAUCAUCUCUAAGUUCAAACAAUGGGCACCAUUUCAUUCACUUUGGCUUCUGCUUCUGAAUAUUAUGUGUCAUUGCUUCAAACUUGCUUGAAAACCAAAGACCCAUCAAUUGGGAAAUCAAUUCAUGCUCAAAUCAUCAAACAAGGUCUCCUUGGUAGUGUAUAUCUAUUGAAUAAUCUCCUUAACUUUUAUGUCAAAUGUGGGUUAGCCUCUGUUGCACACCAUGUGCUUGAUGAAAUGCCUCUGAAAAAUACAUUUUCUUGGAACACUGUCAUAUCAGGAUAUGCUAAAGUGGGUAUGAUGGGUUCCGCUGGUUAUGUCUUUAAACAAAUUCCUAAACCUGAUUCUGUCUCUUGGACUGCCAUUAUUGUGCGUUACCACCAAAUGGGUUAUUAUGGAAAUGCACUUAAUAUGUUUCUAGAAAUGAUUAAAGAUGGGGUUAAACCAAACCAGUACACCAUUACUAGUGUGCUUUCUUCAUGUGCAAAUAUGAGGGAUUUGAGUCUUGGUAGGAAGGUUCAUUCUUUUGUAGUCAAGCAUGGAAUUGGGAGUUAUGUACCUGUAGCAAAUUCAUUGUUUAAUAUGUAUGUAAAGAUGGGUGAUUUUUUUAGGGCAAGGAUUGUUUUUGAUAGGAUGAGGAUAAGAAAUGUGUCCAGUUGGAAUUGUAUGAUUUCUUUACAUAUGCAGUCUGGAAAUGUCAUUCUUGCUAGACAACAGUUUGAUCAAAUGGAUGAACGUAACAUUGUGUCAUGGAACUCUAUGAUAACGGGAUACAACCAAGCAGGGUUUCAUCAUGAAGCUCUGAAAUUAUUCUCUGAAAUGUUGAAGGAUCGGUCAUUGGAACCCGACAAAUUUACGUUAGCUAGUGUUUUAUCUGCUUGUGCAGCUAUUGAGAAUUUGAAACUUGGAAAACAAAUUCACGCUUACAUGAUAAAGACCGAGUUUUAUAUAUUUGGGGCAGUGGAAAAUUCUUUGAUCACAAUGUACUCCAAGUGUGGAGGUGUACAAAGUGCUCGUACGAUUAUACAGAAAAAUGGGAUUACCAAUCUCAAUGUUAUAGCAUUCACAGCUUUGAUGGAUGGCUAUGUUAAGCUUGGAGAUGUUAGUCCUGCAAGAGAGAUAUUUGACUCGUUGAGAGACGGUGAUGUGGUUGCUUGGACAGCAAUGAUAGUAGGGUAUGAGCAAAAUGGACUUAAUGAUGAUGCAGUGGCAUUAUUCAGGCUAAUGCUUAAAGAAGGGCCGAAACCAAACAGUUACACAUUGGCUGCUAUGUUAAGUGUCAUUUCGAGCUUGGCUUCUCUGCGUCAAGGCAAACAGAUUCAUGCAUUUGCCAUAAGGUCGUCAGAAUUUUCAUCUGCUAGUGUAAGCAAUGCACUGAUCACCAUGUAUGCCAAGGCCGGAAGCAUAACUGAUGCUAAGCGUGUAUUUUAUGUACAUCAAUAUAGAGACACUGUUAUGUGGACCUCUAUGAUUAUUGCAUUAGCACAGCAUGGUUAUGGACAAGAAGCGAUAGAGCUCUUCGAGGAAAUGCUAGCUUUGGGCAUUAAGCCAGAUCAUAUAACUUAUGUGGGUGUACUUGUUGCUUGUAGUCAUGUUGGUUUGGUAGAAGAAGGAAAGAGCUAUUACAACAUGAUGCAAACAGUGCACAAUAUUCCACCAACUAAUAGCCAUUAUUCAUGCAUGAUUGAUCUCCUCGGACGUGCUGGUUUACUGCAAGAAGCCCAGGAUUUUAUUAAGAAAAUGUGUACUGAACCUGACAAUAUUGCUUGGGGUUCCCUUUUAGCUUCUUGUAAAGUUCACAAAAAUGUAGAGUUAGCGAAAGUUGCAGCAGAAAAAUUACUUAUACUCGAUCCAGAUAAUAGUGGGGCUUUUGCAGCCCUUGCUAAUGUGUAUUCUGCCAGUGGAAGGUGGGCAGAGGCCGCCAAAGUUAGGAAAUCAAUGAAGGAAAAGGGUGUUAAGAAAGAUCAAGGUCUGAGCUGGCUUGAGCUCAAACACGAGGUCCAUGUCUUUGGAGCUGACGAUGUGCUUCACCCUCAAAUAGAAAAAAUCUACGCAAAGAUGAAUGAAAUCUGGGAGAUGAUCAAGAAAAUGGGUUUUGUUCCAGACACUAGUUCAGUGCUACAUGAUCUUGAUGAAGAAAUGAAAGAAAAUAUUCUUCAGUACCACAGUGAAAAGCUUGCUAUAGCAUUUGGGCUUCUGAAUACCCCUGAAAACACCACCUUAAGAAUAAUGAAAAACUUGCGCGUGUGUAAUGACUGUCAUAGUGCUAUCAAAUUUAUUUCAAAGCUGGUGGACAGAGAAAUUAUCGUUAGAGAUGCCACACGGUUUCACCAUUUUAAAGGCGGUGUUUGCUCUUGUAAAGACUAUUGGUAGUUUUGGAAUAUGAAGGUAAUUACGUUGGAGGUUUAUAGAUAUUUCGAGGAUGAUGAAAAGGGAAGAGAAACGAAGCGAAGUGUUAAGAAGGGGACCAUUUCUUUUCGAUGAAUGAACUAAUGAUUUGUAAAACGUUGAUAAUGUGAGGUAUGCUGCUGCUUGUAGAAUAUGCUUAGGAUUCAGAAAAUAGCUAUAAGUUCAUCUAUUGUUCUGGCUCUGGAUAGUAGCCUUGCUGUAUUCUUUUCAUGAAAAUUCAUUGUAAAGGGGUUUUUGAAGCUAAUUUCCUAUGUGCGGCUAAAUACAUGUGGCGUAAAAGAACUGCUGAGGCGCUAUAAGCUAAGUUGAUAGCUCCAUAUUCUGCUGAUGGGUGUGAUCCUUUAGUGAAGGAAAUGGGAAGGUUUUGCUAACAAAAGCUGCUGUCAUUCUUCCAUUAAGGAAAGAAAGAUUAGGAAUUCUUUGGUCGCCCUCUUUUUAUGGUCAUGAGUUGCCGCCUUCCUUUCCUCCUCAGACUCUGCUUAUAGUUUUUCUAUGGGCGGGAUACAUUGAAUAUGAUGACGAUGAUUUCAGAUUAGGGAUCAAUAUUCAUUACACAAAUUAAACACAAAAAAUAACUUAAAAGUGUACUUAAGUUUGAGUAAUUGUAUUUCCUUGGUCAUGUUAUUAGCCUAAAAUUAUCUUGCAUUGUCUUGUCUUAUUUUUUGUCAUGUGUUUUUCUUUAGGUCUUUCUCGAGCUGAGAAAUUCUUUGGCAGUGUUCUCUUUUAUUGUCUUUCAUUCAUCUUCAAAUUCUGAUUAUAUAAAUUUUUAUGAGUGGAAUAAACGAUAUAUGUUAGGGAUGAAGAAUUACUUUUUACAAUACUAAUCAACUCAUAAAUUGUUGUGUAGUAAAUUCUGUAAAAAGGUAUAAAAGUCCAGCAAACAAUUUUGAAGAAAAAGAACGAAAACCAGCUUUAAAUUAAACAUAUUCUCUGCAAAGGAAACUUAAUCACAAUUAUUUUAUAAUCGAGUUAAUUAAUAAUUACUUGAGUCUUCUUUAUUAUUAUUAAUUAUAAUACAAGCCAGAGAAAGAUAAUUAAAGUCCCUUUAUUAACUCUUAAAUUUCUGAAAAGCAGUAAUUAAAGAAUUAAGAAUGUGGUAUACAGAAUUAUAGAAAUAGAUAGAUAGUACUCCAUUUGUAUAUUUCUUGAGUUUAGUAAACUGACAUGGUAUUAAUCAGAUCAUGUUCAGUUAUUUAGCUAAGUAACAUA